UGAGCGUAGAUGAUGAGGAAGACGCUGAGCGUAGAUGAUGAGGAAGACGCUGAGCGUAGAUGAUGAGGAAGACGCUGAGCGUAGAUGAUGAGGAAGACGCUGAGCGUAGAUGAUGACGAGGAAGACGCUGAGCGUAGAUGAUGACGAGGAAGACGCUGAGCGUAGAUGAUGACGAGGAAGACGCUGAGCGUAGAUGACGAGGAAGACGCUGAGCGUAGGUGAGGAGGAUGAUGUUUUAUUUUUAUCUCACCAGGAGGAUGAGAGCGGUGCGGUGAGUCAGUCUAUGGUGGCAGACAGCGCCCCCUCCAGGGCGCCAGCUGUGGUGAAAGCCAAGGCCUCCUCCGUCAUCAUGAACUCUCUCAUCACCAAGCAGACUCAGGACAGCGUCUACAGGUUUGAGCAGAGGGCGGGGCUUACCGACACCAGCUACACCCCCCACAAAGGUCUCACCGCCGAGGAGACCAGGGUCCACCACCGCAUGCCAGAGUCCCUCCAGAAACUGCAGAUUCAGAGUUUGGAGGCCAGAGAAGAUCGACAGAGCUCCUCAACUCAGUCCACUCCAUCCAGCACUCCUCACAGCUCCCCAAAGCAGCACCGCAGGGGCUGGUUCGGCAGCACCAGCUCAGAGGUGAGCUCCACUAACAGCAGUGUGGACCUCGGUGGCUCUGAGUCGGCGGUGGAGCGGUGGAGCGUGUUCGGACCGCGACCUCUCGUCCACAAGUCGACCUCUGACCUGGGAUCAGACCCCACGGCCUCAGCAGGCUUUGCGCUGCAGGCGUACCGCGGCGCCCAUAAGCCGACGCCCAUGGAGGUGAUGAAGUCGUCGGCCACGCGGCUCGCCGACAGCACCGCCGCUCAGCAGGUGAACCCUCCCAAGAUGGAGAUCCCCACCGUGGAGGCUCGCCGGCAGGGAGCGCGACCUCACAAGCUGAAGCCCAGAGACAUGAACGUCCUCACGCCCUCCGGCUUCUGAGACAUCGCACGUCUCAUCAAAGGUCCCAUGAAAUGUAAUCAUGUCGUCAACUCUGCUUUAUUACAACUUGGGUAUCAUUUUCGUAGUUUUGUACGUCCUUCCUGUUGGCGAAUAAUAACAUUGUGCUCCACGAGGUAAUCGCUCGCCGUGUUUCCAUCGACGCGUUUUGAACAUCGCGUUAGAAAAGAAACGUCUUUAACGUUCGCUCGAGGUGCUUUUUGAAACGUUUUUCACAAAUAAAUUGUGACGUCUCGAACGUUUAACUCACAAUUACAACAAUUUGAAACAAAUUCCUGAAGACUUUCUCUGAUUGGUCGGCCAAGACGACUCAAAGCUCUACUUCUUCUUCUACUCUGUUUUCUGGCGGAUUACAGAUUAGUCGUCAACUAUUAAAUCAAUCUGCAACUCUUUUGAUCAUCAAUUCAUUGGUUUGAGUAUAUUUUUUUAAAGAGGGUUAAAUGUGGAUGUUUUCUGGUUACUGAAUACCUUUUGAGUUGUGACAUUUGAAGACGUCAUCGUGGGCUUUGUUUCCUUUUAUUCACCAAAUAAUCUUGAAUUUCAGCUCUGUGGCCGAGUGUAUUCGCUCCAGACCAGUUGAUAGAAAUGCGGUUUUGUUUCUCGUGACAUUUCAAACGUUUUCUUGACUGAAAUGGAAACUUGGCGACUGUUAUCUGGGAUGUUGGCGACGUUACCUAAAGGAAAUCUGACAAAACAAGUUGUAAAUAAACGUAUUUAGCAGGAAAAAACUCAACAAAGUCCUCGUCCAUUCUGCAUGUUGCGCUGUCGUUACAACAUGCUACGUUUUUAACAACUUCCCAUCUCCAUCUUUGAGGCGUUUACUGUGUUACUUGGCUGCAAAAAGAAGAAUCCUACUUUCCCUUGACCCUCGGUCUUGUUACUGUUACAGCUGCAGCAUGCUGGCAGUGGCUGAUCCUCGUAUGUAGUGAAGAUGACGGUGGUCCUUGUUUAAAAUGAUCCUCUGUUUUAAAAAAAAAAAAAAAAAAGCACUUUAUUCCUCCUAAACAUGCUCGAUUAGCCUCUCGUGUUACACAUUCCUCCAGGAUGCAAGUCAAUGUGAGAAAAGCUACUGUGUUGAUAGUCUGUCUUCUUAAAGGGACAUUUCAAUAAGCAGGGCGGAAUAAAACACAUUCCUUAAGUGUAGUUUAACAAAUCAAACCAAGAGAACAAAGAAAAGAUUGUCUCAGGAAAUCCUGCUCACUGAAACGUUCCACUUAUUGUUUUGUGUUACAGAUGUUUGAAUUUAUAGGUUUUUGUUUUUUUUAUAUUCCGCUGUAGCAACAGAUUAAUUUGUUUUGUGAUUGCUGGUUUCAAUCGAAGGAGGCAAGAACUCAAAAGAAGAAGAAGGUUUAAAGACUGUUUUCAGUGUGCGAGCGCCGUCAACGUGUGACCUCUGUUUUCUACCGGUCUGACGGUCAAUGAUGAAGGGCUCCACAUGAGUUUGGGUGCAAAUCGACUGAAGAGAUAAAACUGUGCUGCAUCCUGCAGAAGCCUUGUGUCACAAAGUGAAAGAGUAUUUUUUUUCUCUGUGCAAAGGAAACGUUGAGAAAACUGACAUUUCUGCAGCGCUAGCUGAAUGCUAACGAGGGUUCUGCGAGAUGAAAUGAAUCUUCGUAGCGCUCAAUGAUUUCCACCCGUCAAAGUAAAUGAAGCACCCGGCUGAUUGUUGUUUCACUCUGAUUUGAUUAUUUGCUCAAUAUGACUGAGCAGUUUGAAGUAAACCUCUGCUGACAGAUGUUGUGUUGAACAUUCCUGAACCCUCAGCAGCUGUAAAUAUUAAAAUAUGACUGUUUCCUCUCUGUUAAAGUUUAUGUUCGCUGUGUUUAAAGUGUGACACUCCCCUUUAAAUCUCUCCCUGACUGAAGAAUCACAUCUGAAUCUGUACGGUUGUGACGUUUUCUGUUCGUCUGGUUAAUAUUUUUCCAGUUGAUGGCAAAGAGACCUUGUCCUUGGUUUAUACAGUCUCUGUACACUUUGAAAUUUCACAAUAAAUGUUACGUUGUCAUCAGAAAAA